AUGUCGGUCUCAAGUCGUGCCGGGGAUGCGCAUGUAAACCCUAAAGAUCCAAGACUCCACCGGCGGACGGUAUUGCACGAACCCAGCAACAUAGUGUCCAGUCCUGCACUCGAGAAAAACAAAUCCGCCGUCUUAAGAGAUGAAACAAUACCAGAGACAACUGUCCAACAUGGAAAUGGUAGCACACCUCCAGGACCCACCACCACUGAUCGAGAAACAGCGAUGAUGACCAUGAUAUCUAAUGCAAUCGAUGGGAGGCUCCUGUCACGCAACAGGGAAAAUGCAGAAAGGUCUUUGAAAAAAGUCCGUGCGGCACAUGAACGUGUUCAACGCACCCAUUCACAAUACCCUCUUGUGGUGCAUCAAUCGGCUCAGAGUUUGAAGAAGGCUGAGGAAACCUUCCAAGCUGCUCAGCAAGAGAUGGAAGCACAUCUUGCUGCCGACAAGACUCGAUUAGAGGACUUCCUCCGUAUUUUCGUGGAUGGCCCCGCGAAACGAUCAACUGAACAUCAAGCUCAGCGCGCAGAGCUGAAUGAACUUCGACAGGAACUCAAGGCUAUGCAAACACAAAUCUCAUCAGGCUCUAAGAAGUCAGAGCUCAUGUCUGCUGAACUGGCCAAGGUCACUACCGAUUUGACGAGAAGCUCCUCUGAAAAUGACGAGUUGAAGAAACGCGCCUCGCAUCAGGAGACUACCAUCGAAACGCUGACUCUGCAAUUGAAAGAAUUGCAACAGUCCUAUGACGGGCUCAUCAAGACUUUCAAAGACAAUUCCGACACCAUGCGGCGCGAGAUGGAGGAUGCUUUCAAGAAAAGUACCCAACUUCAGGGUAAGGCUAUGAGAAGCGAUCUGGGCGCGGUCGAAGAUAGGGUCUCAAGGCUCGAGAAGAACGUGGCCUCACAGUCGGACAGUCAGUCGUGCGACGCCGUGGCGGUCCAAGACUUGCGGACGGAACUUAGUCGCCUUCAAGAGAGUUGCAAAACUAGGGAUAGGGUGGUCAAUACGACAAAGAACGAGGUUGAGAGUCUCAAAAAAUCUACAGAUGUUCAAUCGGAAAGGAUUCAGAAUUUGUUCGGACGAAUUACAGAUCAGCAAUUAGAAAUUCAAGCCUUGCGCACUGACGUUGAUCAGUUCAAGUCCGAGGUUUUGAACUCCCUGAACGAUCAUCGAGUAUCGAGUCUUACGAGCAUCGCCAAGAAGAUCGACGACAGUAUAGAACAGCAAAACAUCGAAUUGGAGCUGAUCAAAGCCUACAAUGACAGGCAGGCAAAGGAGCUAGAGCGAAUCGAAAAAGACCUGACUACGAGUGUCCAAAAAGGUCUGAAAGAGGCGGAAGAGUCCCUGAAAGCAUCCCAUGAUAAUGCCAUGGCCCUUGAUCGCAUCGACAACGAACUAAAAUCUAAGGCAACGGCCUUCGAAAAAGAAGUACGCGACAUUCGGAAGUCCCCGCACCCAGUGCCUCAAGCUUCAUCAGCGAAUGAUUCAAGCACUGCAGGCCUUGCCCCUAGAAUUCAACAGCUGGAAACGCUGACUAAGAAGCAACAAGAAGACAUCAGUGUUGUCUCCCACAACUUCAGAUGGUUGGAUCACCGCUUCAACAAUCUCGAGACCAGUAAGCUUCAUCGCGCAAUCCUGAAGUCUCUUGAUCCACUGCUGCCCAAGUUUGAGCAAGGGUUAAGGGCUGUCGCCAAGCUUGAAGAGGAAAUGCAACAGACGCAGGCCACGAUUAACGGCAUCGUGACUAAGCUCGAGGGAAAUCUGGAGCAACUCCACUCAGAUUUUGAGACAAGAUCUAGGGAGACCAAAGAAAAACAAGACAAUAUGAGGGACCUUCUCACGGAAGCCCAGGGUGCGCAGAUUAGAUCUCUCAUCGAGACGUCCAAAAACAAUGAGCAAAUAAGCGCCCUUACUAAGCAGCUGGACGACAUCCGGCGCAUUGUACAGAGAACUGAAAAUGUGAUUCAAUCAAGCCCAGACACCGAUGGCAUGGGCCUUUCAAUAAAGGGGAGUCACGAGCGAGCUACAGCGCAAUAUACAAGAUCUAAAAACGCAUAUGGUGGUCAGCGCGAGUCACACCCCCAUUUUCGGCCUGAUCGUGAGUAUGAAGGCAGGGACAGUCCCGAUGAACUCAAUGACGACAGUUCAGAACGAACACACUCAGUUCUCCUUGAGCAAUUCCAGGCAACUGCAACCAAGUCUAUCCAGUCCCCUGUACUACGCUCACCAUUACCGUCCCCGAUGAGAGGUCGAGGAGCCCGACAUGGAAAACGAAAACAUUCAGAGACCGAAUCUCCGAGCCGCAACGACCGCAGAAGUUAA